CAUUCAUAAAACAGCCGUCAUCACUCCUUUCGGUUUGUUUGAAUUUUUGAGAAUGCCAUUUGGACUGUGCAACGCCGCACAAACCUUCCAACGCUUCAUCCACGAUGUCACUCGUGGCCUAGACUUUGCAUAUUCCUACCUCGAUGAUAUCUUAGUAGCCAGUUCAUCAGAACAAGAGCACCUCGAGCAUCUUCGAGCUCUCUUCCAGCGCUUGACCCAACACGGUGUCACAGUCAACCCGACUAAGUGCGAACUCGGCAAAUCAACGGUAGAAUUCCUAGGCCACCUCGUUUCAUCGUCCGGUAUCGAAGUCCUCCCUGCCAAGAUCCAGGCAAUCAAGGACUUCCCAGCUCCGACUUCCUUCAAGCACCUCCGUCGAUUUUGCGGUUUGGUCAACUACUAUCGACGCUUCAUUCCGCGCUGCGCUCAGCUCAUGCAGCCACUGACUGACUUACUCAGAGGAAAAGAACGUAAGUUCGCUUUCCCUGACACAGCACAGGCAGCCUUCGCCGAGCUCAAGGAUGCUAUCUCCAACAUAGCCCUACUCGCUCAUUCCGAAUCGACUGCACCUCUUUCUAUUACGACUGAUGCCUCAGACGUAGCAGUAGGAGCCGUCCUCCAACAACACGUUGGUGGGCAAUGGCAACCCCUUGGGUUCUUCUCCAAGCGCCUGCAGCCAGCGGAAUCCCGCUACAGCACGUUUGGCAGAGAACUGCUGGCCAUUUACCUAGCGAUACGUCACUUCCGGCACACACUUGAAGGCCGCGCUUUCACGGUCUACACUGACCACAAGCCCCUUAUCUUUGCCUUCAACUCUGCUAGCGACAAAUACUCACCACGGGAAACAAGACACCUAGACUUUGUCACGCAGUUCACUGCUGACAUACGUCAUGUCUCAGGUGUCGACAAUCCCGUCGCCGACGCUCUCUCACGCGUCAACCUCACUCUGCAGUCUUUGCCUACCGUCGACCUUGCCGCAAUGGCAUCGGCUCAGGCUCAAGACGAAGACAUACAGCGCACCCUGCAGUCCACUUCGCUGCAUGUGCAACCUGUUCCUCUCCAAACCACGGAAGGAACCAUCCUCUGUGACACGUCCACAGGUUGUCCUAGACCUCUCGUGCCCGUCUCCUUCAGACGCACAGUCUUUGACGCACUGCACUCACUGUCACAUCCCGGUAUCCGUGCAUCUUUGAAACUGGUCACCGAACGUUUCGUUUGGCUACGCGUAAACAAAGAUGUUCGUACCUGGGCUCGCGCCUGCCUUCAAUGCCAGCGCAUGCGUUCACUACGCCCGACCCCGCCCCGUGAUCAGACUAGAGAUGUGCAAAUGCACAGCGGACUCUCUACCUGCACUCACGUCUUCCUCCGCACCGACGCAGUGCGGCGCCCUCUCCAGCCUCCCUACACUGGCCCUUUCAGAGUUCUGCAACGGACUCCGAAACAUUUUACUAUAGACCAGAAUGGUCACCGAACAACGGUGUCCAUCGACCGACUCAAAGUGGCUUUCUUUGACGAGCCACUUGCAGCUCAUCCUGAUGCUCUCCCACAAGCACCCGCACCUGUGGUGACUUCCCGAGCACUGGAUAACCCGGAUCCCUCCGUACCCCUUGAUCGGCAACCCCAGGCAACCGACCGACGCGGUGGACAGGUAAAACGUCUGCUCCGUUUUUCCGAUUUUGUAAGCGUUUGCUAUUUCCAUUAACGCGCCUUUUCGUCUUUAAUGGUUAUCCUGCGUCUCACCCACAAACGUUUUGCAAAAUCGACAAAAGAAACCCAAACCAUUUUGAAAAACCUAAAAAGCGUAUUUGCUUUUAUCAUACAUGCCAUGUUCCUUCUCCGGCGUCAAGCCAC